GGCUCGGAGCCGGCUCAGCUCUCGUUCGGUGCCCGUUCCGUGCCCGCUCCAUGCGGGAUCUCCCGGCUCCGGGAUGAGCCCCUGGCAGCAGCGCCCGCCCAACGCCAGCGCGGCCGGCGGGAUGGGCCCGCGGGGGAACGGCACGGGCCGGGCGGCCGAGCGCGGCAGCGCCGUGUCCGUGGCCAUCCCGCUGACCAUGAUGCUGACGGGCGUCGUGGGCAAUGCCCUGGCCAUGCUGCUCGUGUCCCGCAGCUACCGCGCCAAGGGCAGCCGCAGGAAGCGCUCGUUCCUGCUGUGCAUCGGCUCCCUGGCGCUCACCGACAUGCUGGGCCAGCUGCUCACCAGCCCCAUCGUCAUCUCCGUGUACCUGUCGGGCCGGCCCUGGGCGGCCAUGGACCCCUCGGGGCGCCUCUGCGACUUCUUCGGCUUCAGCAUGACGGUGUUCGGGCUGUGCCCGCUGCUGAUCGCCAGCGCCAUGGCCGUGGAGCGGGCGCUGGCCAUCCGCGCCCCGCACUGGUACGCGAGCCACAUGAGCCCGCGGGCCACCGAGCGCGGCCUGGCCGCCAUCUGGGCCGCCGGCGUGGCCUUCGCGCUGCUGCCGCUGGCCGGGCUGGGCCGCUACGCGCUGCAGUGGCCCGGCACCUGGUGCUUCAUCAGCACGGCCGGCGGCAGCGCCUUCGCCGCCGCCUUCGCCGCGCUGGGGCUGCUGUCCCUCGUGGUCACCGGCGCCUGCAACCUGGCCACCAUCGAGGCGCUCGUGUCCCGCUGCCGCGCCAAGGCCAGCGCGGCGCACCCCAGCUCGCAGUGGGGCCGGAUCACCAUGGAGACGCUGAUCCAGCUGCUGGGCAUCAUGUGUGUGCUGUCGGCCUGCUGGUCACCGCUGCUGAUCACCAUGCUGAGGAUGAUCUCCGAGCACACGGCCGAGCCCUGCCGGGGCGGCUCCGGCGAAUCCCAGCGCUGGGAGCUGCGCAGGGAAUGCAACCUGUCGCUGACCGCCGUGCGCCUGGCCUCCCUCAACCAGAUCCUGGACCCCUGGGUGUACCUGCUGCUCCGCAAGAUCCUGCUGCGCAAGUUCUGCCAGGCAGCCAGCGCCAUGUCCAAGUGCUCCAACGCCGAGUGCAGGGACAGGUCCAUCACCCUGGCCGAGGAGAUCCAGCGGACGGCGGCCUGAGGGCACCUUCCCACAGCACCGGGAAUGCUGCUGCCAGCGGGCGCCUGGAAGCCUUCCUGGGGAUCACCGGUGCCGCUGCUGCACUCAGAGUGCCACAUUCUCCUGCAGGGUGCCAAAAGUGCUGGGAUGCAGCAGGACAGGACACUCCGUGGUCAGCGGUGGCUGAGCUGCAGAACGGGGUGAGGACACUCCAUGGGCACUGCAGAACAGGGUGAGGAUGUUCCAUGGGCACUGCAGAACGGGGUGAGGACGUUCCCGGUCGUUGCCACUCGUGGCUGAGCUGCAGAACAGGAGGUUAUUUUGGGCCUGAGCAUGAGGGGGCUUCUCUUGCUUUAAGGUGGAAAAAAUGGUUUUCCUGACAGCCAGCAGAUUCUACGGAUGGAAUUGCUGCAGGGACUCACUCCUGACUAUGUUUAAUACUAACAUUAUCUCCUUCAGAGAGUCCUUCCUCCUCCUUUUUCUGGAGGGGCAAGGGGAGAAAGGGGAAAAACCACGGGAAUAAGGAAAACAAAAUUAAAUUUGAUUGGAUUUCAGUGUCUUAAAACUGAGCAGGGGCUGUGGCAGGGAUGGAACAUCCACCUCUUCCAGGAGCUGAAGGCAGCACGAGUCUCUUGACUCAUGGAUGUGUCCUGAUAAACACUCAUCCGUGUGGCAGCUGAAGGGAGCUCGAGGGGGAUGCAGCACUGGGCCAAGGGGAGAAAUGCUGGAUUUUUUCCCUGGCAGCCUGUGGAAUCCCCAGGCAGGCUGGAAUUGCUGUUUGCACUGCACCCCACAGAGCUGCUGGGGGCACAUGGAGAGGGGAGAAACAGCCUGGAAAAGACACUCCUGCUCUUCCUGCUGGGGAUCAAUGGCAAAGGCUUCCAGAGCCAAAUCCACUGCUCCCACAGGAGCUGUUUUCCUGGGAAGUGCCCAUGUCCAGGAGUAACGUGAGCAGCAAAUGCUUUGUGAGGAAUGGGGAUGGCACUCGGGACCUCUUCGUUCCUACAGAGGGGCCAGAGCAGCAUCACAAAGAGUUCAGUUCAUCUUCCCCCAAAAACACAAAUGUGGCAGCUUUGGGAAUGUUUAAUUUAAUUCCAGCAGACUGGAAGCAGUGCGUGGAAGUGUGUGAGUCAGGUCUUUUCCCAAAGAAACUUCCAUGUUUUAUUACAAACUCAGUUCCAAUCCAUUUGUGCCACAUCUGAGGCUUAUUUUUUAAAAGCUGUGUUUUUACUCGUUUUCUUCACCGUUUUGGAGCUGACAGCCUCUCGUCUCCUGAUUCGUGGCCUUUGGGUGAAAUUAAAUGCAAAUACAAUAAAAUACAGCUGAUAUUCCAUGUACCAGGGACUGUGGAAUUCAGGGCCCUUACAGGCAAAUGAAUUCCUGCAUCUGUGAGGAAUUUCUUGCACAAAACCUUUAUUUCUACUCUCUUUAAUUUGUUCAUAAAAGUAACUCCUCAGCAAAGAAUGUGUGCCUUCACUUUCGUCCUGCAUUGUCUGAUUCUUGUCCACAUAAAUCUGAUUUCUGAAUCCAGCCUAAGAGCCAAGGUUUAGCUUUAAUUGAAGGGCCAGCCUAAAUUUCAUGGGAUAAAUGCCUUUUUCAGCUGGAGUUGAUGGACCCUGCUCCGUGCUGAGCUUCUCCUGGGUGUAGCAACUACAGGUACGUCAGUGCUUCAGUUCCUGGCCGGUGCUUUGAGGGAAAAAUGGGCUCUUUCUGCUUAAAAAAGUGCCUUGCAGGAGUCAGACUCUGGCUUUUUGGAAUUAUUUGGGACUGGAAAAAGCCUGUUGUGUGCAGAGGAUCCCUUUUGUUCCCUGUGUGUACUUUUCCUUUGGGAAAGAACUCAACAGAGCCGCUCACUUGUGAAAUAUGUCGGGAUGACCUCAGCUGCCUGGAUCAGCCCUGGCCAGCACAUUCCUGAGCACAGCGCUCCCAGAUCGUCUGGGACCACGGCUGGGAUGGAGAGGAGUUCUGUGAGGAAGAGGGAAUCCAUCCCUGCUUAUCCAGUCCUUUACAGGAAGAGGAGGGUGCAGCAUCGAUCCCGUGUGGAAAACCGGGAAUGUGACAUUGGGAAGGGCCCUCCAGCCGUUUCAGGGCAGCUUAUUCUCAAUAUCGGGGUGGUUUCACUCAGUUCACAUAAAAUGCUGCCUUUUGUGGUGAAUAUUCACAAUGUUUGGGAUGGGCAGUUCUGUCCCUCUGGUGUGGUAAAAUGGAGAAGCUACUUCAUCAAAAUGGGGAGGAAUGGGAGCUUUCUGUUUGUUUACAGGAGAGGAGGAGUGGGAGCUCUGCUCUCCAGCCACGGCUCUGUGAUGGGAUGCACUUUCUAAACCUGAUCCGAGGAGCUCAGGUGUAGCUGGAAGCUUUCAUUCCCAUUUCCAUGGGAUGGGAAGGGGUGCUUGUGUCGUGUUGCUUUAACGAUGCCUUUUCAGCCUGGUCUUUCUGUGUUGUCCCUCUGCCCAGGGGGUUUUGGGAGCUGUAGGGCACGGAAAAUCCACCUGGAGAUCUGCCCGAAAACCACUGGCGUGUGUCUCAACCCCGUGUGUGUUGUACCAGGGAGAAUAAAAACUCGGAGUAA